GAUUCAUUUGUCGUGUGACUUUAUAUCUUAAAAGAAAAAAGGCAGAGAGAGAGAGAGAGAGAGCGAUGGAGAUAUCUAAAUACAAGGCGGUGCUAGCGUUAGUGAUGCUGCAGUUUACGUCGGCCGGAGUUGCACUCUUCACGAAAGCUGCUUUCAUGGAAGGACUCAAUCCCACCGUCUUCGUUGUUUACCGUCAAGCCAUCGCCACUCUCUUCAUCUGCCCCAUCUCUUUCAUUUCCGCUCGGAGGAAAGAAAACAAACCUUCUCUGGGAGUAAGAGGCUUUUGGUGGGUGGCUUUGACGGCUGUUAUUGGUGUGACUGUGAAUCAGAACGCUUAUUUCAAAGGGAUUGACUUGUCUUCUUCAUCCAUGGCUUGUGCCAUGACUAAUCUUAUUCCUGCCGUCACCUUUAUUAUCUCCAUCAUUGUUGGGUUCGAGAGUAUAAAGAGGAGAAGUAUGAAAAGUGUUGCAAAGGUCUUAGGAACAGGUGUCUGUGUGGGAGGAGCUAUGGCAAUGACUUUUCUCAGAGGUCCCAAAUUGCUCAACGCCCUGCUCAACCAAGACAACACCUCUUGGUUACUCGGCUGUUUCUUUCUUCUCAUUAGCACAUUCGCUUGGUCCCUUUGGUUGAUCCUUCAGGUUCCUAUUGCAUCUCACUGUCCUGAUCACUUGUACACUUCUGCCUGCACAUGUUUCAUGGCUACCAUAGCCUCUUUCCUCAUGGCUCUCGCCUUAGGCAACACUCAUUUACCGUCAUGGAAGCUUGAUUCCUCCUUGAAGCUCUCCUGUUGCAUAUACUCUGGAUUCCAGUUGGCGAUAUCUUUCUUUCUACAAGCUUGGGUCGUGUCACAGAAAGGCCCUCUUUUCUCUGCCCUCUUCAACCCUCUUUCUGCAGUAAUCGUCACGUUCUUCGGCGCUCUGUAUCUAAAUGAACAGACUUACCUCGGGAGCUUGCUAGGCGCUUUGGCCAUCAUCCUUGGUCUCUACAUUGUUCUCUGGGGCAAAUCCGAAGACUAUCAAGAAGAAUCCACAGACCUGAAAUUAGAAAAUGAACACACCACUUCCUCUCAAUCUGACAUUGUUUCCAUUAUGAUUGGUGAUAAGGCCUUUCGUAGUUCGGAGCUAUUAGAACCUCUUCUCAUGUGAGUUUUAUUGAAGUUAGUUCUACAUGGUGUAAGGGGAAAUUUU